AAAGGCUCCCGGGCGAGCCCCGCUCUGCGCGGCCGCGGCAGCCGCUUCACCUUUCGGCGGCUCGCUCCGUACAGCGGCGGCUGCCGGCGGUGACAGCGUGACAGGGUGACAGUGUGACAGUGCCCCCCGGCCCCUGCUCGGGACGGACCGUGCUGGGGCGGCAAACGGAGCCGCGAGUGCUCGCCGCGCUCCCCGGGCUCGGUGGAGUUGGUGAAGUUGGUGCUGGGAUGGGUUUUUCAGCCGUGGCUGCGGCUGCUCCCGAAGUUGCUGGGGAAAGGGGACGCGCUGUCAUGGUUGGCUCUGCGUGUUUUGCUCUCGUCGUCUUUCUUGUCUGCCGAGUGGAAACGGGGGGAUUCAAAUCCUGCGUGCUGCGCCUUAGCAAAUGGGCAGGCAGUGACCUUGGCUGGGGCGGAGGGACCACGCUUUGUAGAGGAGUGAAAUGUGCUGGGGAGCGGGGAUCUUGCCUCACGGACUGCUGGAGAACAGCAGCCUUUCCGAGGCUGGAGCUACGGGCUUAGCUGGGGCUGGAUUCGCCUCUAACGGGGGGAAGGAAGUGCAAGGUGUACGCUCAUAAGGAUCUCCAGAAGCUAAUUUUUCUGUUUUCUUCUGGGUAUUUUUUUUUUGUUUAGCCUUACGUGUUCAAGUUUGUAACUGUCUCAGGAAAUUUAUUCACAAGCUAAUUUUAUUCCAGCGUGCUGGAAAAGUUGCAUAUCACCCCUGACACAUUCAGCUAUUCAGCUCUUACACGUUCUUCCCUGUAGUAGACUCAGCCCAGUAGGUGCUUCCUUUUCAGUGAGCAACGGGAUGAGGGAACGUGCCUGUGUCAUUAUCAGUGGUAAGCCUUGCAGCCUGGGGUUUUGGAACAGCUCAGCACCAUCUGCGUGUAGCUGAAUGCCUCCUGGGUGCCACUGCACAGUCCAGGCUGCUCGUGUGGAUUCUGCGUGCAGAUAGCCACAGUAUUCUCUGCAGCACUGAAAAGGCUUUUUAGCAACUACUGCGAGCCGGGUGAUCUUGAGUUCUUCUGAACUUGCUAGCGCUCAGCCUCCUCAUGCCUCCAUCUCCUUUAGACGACAGGGUAGUAGUGGCACUUUCGAGGCCAGUGAGACCUCAGGAUCUCAACCUGUGUUUAGACUCGAGCUUCCUUGAAUCUGCCUCUUCUUCUGGUGAGAGCCACCCCGGUCUGCUCGGCGCAGCUGUCGUGUCCCUAAAGACUGCUAAUCUCACGUAUAUGCCCUCAUCCAACGGCUCUGCACGCUCCCUGAGUUGUGGAUGCAGCAGUGCCAGUUGCUGCACUGUGGCAACGUACGACAAGGACACUCAGGCCCAAACUCAAGCGAGCACCAGCAGCGCCCACGCCGGAGCCGCCCCCGCCUGCCCCGCCACCCAAAUGGUCAACAGCAAUGAGAGCGCCGGCAGCCUGAGCCCGCUGGGCGGAGUGGGCAGCCCCGUCUCAGGCAGCGCCAAGCAGCUCGCCAGCAUCAAAAUCAUCUACCCCAACGACCUGGCCAAGAAGAUGACCAAAUGCAGCAAGAGCCACCAACAGAACCAAGGGCCUGUCAUCAUUGACUGCAGGCCCUUCAUGGAGUACAAUAAGAGCCACAUUCAAGGGGCUGUGCACAUUAACUGUUCUGACAAGAUCAGCCGGAGAAGGCUGCAGCAGGGCAAGAUCACCGUCUUGGACUUGAUCUCCUGCCGGGAAGGCAAGGACUCCUUCAAGAGAAUCUUUUCCAAAGAAAUCGUAGUUUAUGACGAGAAUACCAAUGAGCCAAGCAGGGUGAUGCCUUCCCAGCCGCUCCACAUAGUGCUAGAGUCACUCAAGCGAGAAGGCAAGGAGCCCCUGGUCCUGAAAGGAGGACUCAGCGGGUUCAAGCAGAACCAUGAAAACCUCUGCGACAACUCGCUGCAGCUGCAGGAGUGCCCCGAGGGGGGAGGAGGGGGCGGCGCCGCCGCCGUGCCCCCCGUGCUACCUCAGUCCAUCCCCACCACGCCCGACAUCGAGAACGCCGAGCUCACCCCCAUCCUGCCCUUCCUCUUCCUGGGAAACGAGCACGAUGCUCAGGACCUGGAGAAGAUGCAGAGGAUGAACAUCGGCUACGUCAUCAACGUGACCACGCACCUGCCCCUGUACCAUUACGAGAAGGGCAUGUUCAACUACAAGCGGCUGCCCGCCACCGACAGCAACAAGCAGAACCUCAGGCAGUACUUCGAGGAGGCUUUUGAGUUCAUUGAGGAAGCUCAUCAGUGUGGAAAAGGCCUCCUCAUCCACUGCCAGGCCGGCGUGUCCCGCUCCGCCACCAUCGUUAUCGCGUAUUUAAUGAAGCACACACGCAUGACCAUGACCGAUGCCUACAAAUUUGUCAAAGGCAAACGACCAAUCAUUUCCCCCAACCUCAACUUCAUGGGGCAGUUACUGGAGUUUGAAGAAGACCUGAACAAUGGAGUGACCCCGCGAAUCCUCACACCAAAGCUGAUCGGCGUCGAGACUGUCGUGUGACGGCCGAGCUGCAGCCUGUUCUUCACCUGAUUUGGGGCAGUGAUGGGUGGGUUCUGGGCUUUUCUUUUUAGCUUUCAAAGGGGAGUUUUGUGGCAAACUUUUUGUGAAUAAAAACCUUUUUUUGUAAGGAAAGGUUUUUAAAAGAUCCAAGAACUUUGCUGGGUUUGGGAUGCUGUUGUGAUUUCCUUCUCAGACACCGGCAGAGCAGGGAGGCUUCAGAGCAAAAGGAGUACUUUUUAAAAUAUAAAAACAAGAAGAAGAAGAAGAUAUGUUGGGCUUUUUUCCUUUUAAUUUUUAGUUUUCCCUCCUCUCUGGCUACUUGUAGAGUUUAUGGCUGAGUAGUCUGUGCAGGUUCAUAGACUGAAGAAACCUAAGUUGAAGACGAAACACAAAUAGCCAAAACAAAGCAGAAAAAAACCUCCCUGAAACAGAAGGGCCUUCGUUCUGCAAAGGCUUUGCUAAAGAUAACUUAGCAAAAUGCUCACCAAUGCAAAGGAAAUCAGAGCAGCUUAAAAGUCUGCAAGGUACUUUUCACACUCCUGACUCAAACUAAAGAAGAAAACAAAGUUUAUUUGGCGUGUUUCAUGUUCCAGUUCUAUUUUUCUAUUUUGGGGUGUAAGGUUUUAACAGUAAGGGACUUCGAUCAUUCUAUGCCAUAUGCCUUCACUGGCUUCUUGUGCAAUAAUAAUUUGGGGUUUGUUUUGAGUGUUCAAACCAAUUAAGAGUUGGCUGCCCACUAAUAAUAAGAUAAUAAUUUUUAAAGUCUAAUAGUGCAACAGCAGCCAGCUUGGUUCAGGAAGGAUAAAUGAGAGCAAUUAUUUUGUUCCUUUAUAUGAUUUUGAUCCUGGUUACAGUGCCAUAAACCUUGUUACAUAUGUAUAUCAGAAUGUACAAAAAUCUAGAACAAGCAAAGUUUAUUUAAAAAUAUUUUUUCGCACAAAAUAUUGGUGUGUUUCAGUUGUCUAUGUAAAAGAAAUUUGAUUAUAAAACAAAAAAAAUCUUUUGGAAAGUGUGUGUCCUUUUAUUUCUUUAGCCAUUUUCCAUUUUCUUUCUAUGGGAUGGGGUUUUUGUUUAGUUCCCUUUGGUUUGUUUUUUUGUGGCAUUGUACCUCUCCCAUUGACAAAACUGAUGUCUCGUUUGGCAUCUCCCCUUCAGUGUUGUGUUCCUGUCCUCUGCUGGUGGAACAUGUUUUCUUUACUUUCUGCUCUACUCUUGCAUCUCUCUGUAGCCAGAAUUUUCUCUCUGGUUUGACUGAAUUAGCACUAUUGGUGAUGGCUUUUUGGAACAGACCUGUUAUUUCUACAGCUCAGUAGCCAUUUGGAAAAAUAAGAAAUAAACUAUCUCCACUGAUUCCUUUCCAUCUCCCUGUAGUUAACUUAUCUUCUAUGUUACAAAAUUGUCUGGUUUUUAGACAUAUGUUGGUCACAUGUGCUUUUCCCUGGCCUCUCUAUAGUCCCCUUGUUUAGCAGUUCCUGGGAAUCAUCCUCCUGGGAUUUUUCCCCUCCCUCUUGCCCUUCUUCCCUUUGUGCCCCUCCUUUUCCAGCUGUGUCAGUGUUGUGUGGUGUGUAUUGUAGGGCUGAUGUUUCUGCCUGACAGUGUCCCUUGGGCAGCUGACUUUCACUUUCCUUGUUUGUAUUCACUUUUUUUUUUAAUGAUAUGGUAUAACCUGAUCUGUUCUGGACUGUUACCACCUCCAAAGUUUUACUUGUAUGAGCCUAAAAUGAGUUAGAAGACAUUUCUCAUAUAAUUCUGUUGUGCAAACUGAUCUGUCCCAGGAAGGCUGAGAGCAGUGAAGGCUUUUCCUAGAUGAAAACCUACAUGGACUGAACCAAGUGUAAAACAGGACCUGUUGGAAAAAUUAAUGUAUAAUCACAUUAGACAUGUAUAUUUUUGUGGACAUUUUACUUAAAAUGUUGUUACUAUACAGAUAUUUUCUUGAAACUUAUCCCUUUAUUAAAUUAUUUUUCUACUGGA